AUGAAUGGGAAUGGAGAAGGAGGUGGAGAAAGUUUGAGAGCCACAAUGGAGGGUAACAGGGAGCGAAUGGUGUAUAUGUGGGGAUAUCUGCCCGGAGCACUACCGGAAAGAGCGCCGCUUUUGUCGCCGGUUCUGGUUAGGCUUCCGCCGUCAGUUGGGGCUUCUUGGAAGGAUGUGUGCGGUGGCGGCUGCGGAUUCGCUAUGGCUAUUUCUGACCCUGGGAAGCUCAUUACAUGGGGUUCAACAGAUGAUUUAGGUCAAAGCUAUGUGACAUCUGGAAAACAUGGGGAAAUACCAGAGCCUUUUCCUCUUCCUACGCAAGCUUCGAUCAUCAAAGCUGCAGCAGGUUGGGCACACUGUGUUGCUGUUACAGAACAUGGUGAAGUUUACACAUGGGGAUGGAAAGAAUGUGUUCCCUCUGGCAAGGUCUUUGGAGACUCAUCCUUAGGGGUGAGCACUGAAAAGGAUGUUCCUGAUAGGCAAAGCCCUUUUACGUUAGACCAAGUUAGCCCUCGCUCCCAGGGAUCAAGAUCCAACGCAGGGACAUCGUCCAAUGCAGAUAGUAAGGGAGGUGGGGAGGAGACAUCAAAGAGAAGAAGGAUAUCAUCAGCUAAACAGGCUGCUGAGAGCUCAUCAUCUGCUGAUGAAACUCUUUCAGCACUGCCAUGUCUGGUCUCACUAAAUCCAGGAGUAAGGAUUGCUGCUGUUGCAGCAGGUGGCCGCCAUACAUUAGCAUUGUCAGAUAUAGGACAGGUGUGGGGAUGGGGCUAUGGUGGUGAGGGGCAGCUGGGUCUGGGGUCCCGGAUACGCAUGGUGUCAUCUCCACAUCCUGUACCAUGCAUUGAGUCAACUGCUCUGGGGAAGGAUAGAACCAUGGCACUCUCUCGAGGAAGCAUUGCCUCAGACGGACAUAACUUCAGAGUUCCUGGCAGUUAUAUAAAGGGAAUUGCCUGCGGAGGCAGACAUAGUGCAGUAGUUACCGAUGCAGGUGCUCUACUUACAUUUGGCUGGGGACUGUAUGGACAAUGCGGUCAAGGAAGUACAGACGAUGAGCUAAGUCCAACUUGUGUCUCUUCCUUGCUUGGAAUCAGGAUAGAAGGAGUGGCUGCAGGGCUCUGGCACACUGUUUGUAUCUCUGCUGAUGGUGAUGUUUAUUCUUUUGGUGGGAAUCAAUUUGGGCAGUUGGGUACUGGUUCUGAUCAGGCUGAGACUCUCCCCCGGCUGCUAGAGACACCAAGUCUGGAAAAUGUGCAUUCAAAAGUUGUCUCAUGUGGAGCUCGUCAUAGUGCUGUGGUUACAGAGGAAGCUUGGCUUGGGCGAUCACCAACAACACCUAUCCGCCUUUUAUUGAGUUCUCCGCUCAACUGUUCCUCCGCCGGCCUUUGCCAUUCUUACAUAAGCGAGAGCGUCCGCAACGCCGCCAACGACGGCGCCGCCUGCGGGAACUCCCAGAUAUGCUGUACCUUCCGGGCGGGCGGGUCGACCACUUCCUAUUCCAUCCGGGUCAGGCAGCAGGGUUGUACUGCCUACCGAAGCUUUGUCAACUUGGACUAUUCCUCGCCGUCGGAUUGUGAUCGGGGUUCCACUUGUGGGGCCGACCCAAGUUCCAAUGCCGUUGUCCGCCGGUGCUUCUGUAAUACCGGCUUCCAUUGGGACGCCGUCGCAGGAUCAUGCGCCAAAGAUGUGACGUGCGACGAUCCAGAUGGGUGUAGCAAAGACAGAACUGGGCUGAUUGCAGGUUUGACUACGGGACUGGGUGCCGGAUUGAUCUUAGCAAUCAUUGGAGUUUUGGGAUUCAAAAGGCACCAACGAAUCAAGGAAGCACAAGAACGCCUUGCCAGGGAGCGGGAAGAGAUCCUCAAUUCGGGUGGUGCAAAAUCAGCCAAGCUCUUCACCGGCAGAGAAAUCAAGAAGGCAACCAACAAUUUCUCGAGGGAUCGCCUUCUUGGUUCGGGUGGUUACGGUGAAGUUUACAAAGGUAUCCUCGAUGAUGGAACAGUUGUUGCCAUCAAAUGUGCAAAGCUUGGAAACACCAAAGGAACAGACCAAGUACUGAAUGAAGUCAGAAUACUCUGCCAAGUCAACCACAAGAGUCUUGUUGGGCUACUUGGCUGUUGCGUCGAGCUUGAGCAGCCGUUAAUGGUGUACGAGUAUGUUUCCAACGGCACACUUGCUGAUCAUUUACAAGCAUUUGACAGAAGGAAACAACUAACAUGGACUUCUCGGCUCAGCAUUGCUCGCGCCACGGGUGAAGGGCUCGCAUACCUUCAUUUCUCCGCGGUCCCUCCAAUCUACCACCGCGAUGUCAAGUCUAGUAACAUUUUGCUAGACGAAAAGCUCAAUGCGAAGGUUUCAGAUUUCGGGUUGUCUCGUUUAGCGCACACGGACCUUAGCCACAUAUCGACUUGUGCGCAGGGGACACUCGGGUAUCUGGAUCCAGAGUAUUACAGAAACUAUCAAUUGACGGAUAAGAGCGAUGUUUACAGCUUCGGGGUGGUGCUUUUGGAGCUGUUGACGUCUCAGAGAGCGAUAGAUUUCAACAGGGAGGAAGACGAUGUGAAUCUGGCGGUGUAUGUGCAGAGGUUGGUAGAGAAAGAGAGGAUAAUGGAUGCUGUUGAUCCAAUUUUGAAAGAUGGAGCGAGUGAUUUGGAGUUGGAUACAAUGAAGGCGUUGGGAUUUCUGGCAUUGGGAUGCUUGGAGCAGCGUAGACAAGACCGGCCUUCCAUGAAAGAGGUUGUUGAGGAGAUUGAAUACAUUAUCAGCGUUGCCAAAGCUCAAGCUGGCCAAAAGUAA